AUGUCGGAUUCAGGGACCUCCGGAGAAAUGAGCACCGGCCAGUUAAUUCAGCAGCUCAUCCAAUCAGCUGUGUCCGUCCUGCAGGUGGCGCUGCUGCGCUGGCUGUCCUCCCAGUCCAAUGAAGACCUCCAAGUCCUGACAGCAGUGACCGGGGUCCGGGUGGCCAAGGACCUGCUGGACCGGGUCAGCGGGCAGAACCAGGUCCAAGCCUACAAGACUCAGUGCGUCCUCGCUGUCGCAGACUUCGUCCGUCAGAAUCCCGGUGCCUCCCAGGACCAGAUCAACGCUGAGACCGCUGUUCUGAGGACCAAGACCACAGAAGAAGAACCAUCAGACACCACAGAAGAAGAACUAUUAAACACCACAGAAGAACCAUCUGACACCACAGAAGAAGAACCAUCAGACACCACAGAAGAAGAACUAUUAAACACCACAGAAGAACCAUCUGACACCACAGAAGAAGAACCAUCAGACACCACAGAAGAAGAACUAUUAAAUACCACAGAAGAACCAUCUGACACCACAGAAGAAGAACCAUCAGACACCACAGAAGAAGAACUAUUAAAUACCACAGAAGAACCAUCUGACACCACAGAAGAAGAACCAUCAGACACCACAGAAGAAGAACUAUUAAACACCACAGAAGAACCAUCAGACACCACAGAAGAAGAACCAUCAGACACCACAGAAGAAGAACUAUUAAACACCACAGAAGAACCAUCAGACACCACAGAAGAAGAACCAUCAGACACCACAGAAGAAGAACCAUCAGACACCACAGAAGAAGAACCAUUAAACACCACAGAAGAACCAUCAGACACCACAGAAGAAGAACCAUUAAACACCACAGAAGAACCAUCAGACACCACAGAAGAAGAACCAUUAAACACCACAGAAGAACCAUCAGACACCACAGAAGAAGAACCAUCAGGUCUGAACAGACAAACAUGACAGAAGAAGGAAGUGACUAAAUAUGGGGCCUUAUUUGAUGGUGAUGGUUCAGUUUGUUUGUUUGUUUUCUGUUCAGUUAAAAUAAAACUGUUUCUGAACCAA